AUGCCAGCCAGGUCAUCUCUGUUUGAUCUGACGGGUCGAAAUGUGUCUAUAUGCCGAACCUGCCUACUCAUCCGACAACGACCCGUGCAAGUACAGCAGCCAUGGAUCGCAGCCUAUUCGUCACAAGUACCACGAACCAGAACGAGAUCACGAACGCGAAGACAAGCGCGAGAAACCGGUUUUAGAAAACCAACUGAGUCGGAACUUCUCAGCCAGCUCGCGGAGGCCCAAGAAGGAAGCAAUGACAGCCCGCACACCAUUCGGUUUUUCGAGCAGGAGGGUGACAAGCGUGUGGAGCUCCAGGACGAUGGCUCAUUUGAGCAGAGUCUGAGUGGCCUCGAUGCAACUGAGUUCAAGGAAUCGCUUCUGAGGAUGAAGAAUGCACUCCCGUCUGAUCAAGAGAAGGAAGCCUUCGAAGAGGUAAUGCGUGGGUUAGGUGGAAGUUCGUGGGACAGAAUCAGGACCGCAGAAGAUAUUGAGCAGAUGAUGUCGGGGGUGGGCAAUUACAACGCUUCCCUCGACGCGGAGAUCGAAGAAACAGCUAUGCAGCUACCAGAGGACAUACGGGAGCGGUUCCACCUUGCAAUGGCGGAGUGGUUGCCCAAAAUUGAGGAUGGAGUCGCCCCUCAACGCAACGCAGUCCCUCAGAUUCCGCAGGAGCCUUGGACCAUCAACCAAUUCAAGAAAAUUGCAAGACUCAAUACAGUCAUCAGCAAGGUGUCUCGGGACAUGCUCCGUCCGGCUGGUCUCAAUGAGAAGCAUGUCCUCGCUGUGUAUAAAGCGUAUCAUGCGGCUCGACGGUCCCUUGCAAGCAACUGGAGUGGCAUCCCGAUCAACGUCUGGGAUUUUCUGUGGAAUAUAUUCUCCGCCAACUCGAAAAUCAACAAACAGCGUUUUGCCCAUGUCUCUCAACUUUCCCGGGACAUGGCCGAAGCAGGAGCAACCCUCAGUUAUCCUCAGCAGCUGCUUACCAUUGAAGCCCUGUUUGUGGAUGGAUGGGAAAACAAGGCCAUUGAGAACUGGAAACGAUGUGUGGCCACGCUCGGCAAAGAGUCAGAAGAAACUUUCCAAGACUUUUGGGAACUUGGAGUUCGUAUGUAUUGUCGGAUAGGCGAUCUUGAACAUGCAGAGAGUGCCACACAAAGGCUUCUUGCGAAUCACGCCGACCCGCGCAUCUUAUUACCAAUGAUUCAGACUCUGUCUGAGCGUGGUACGCCAUCUGAUCACGAAAAGGCAUGGGCCUCAUAUCGACAGAUGAGAGAGCUCCUGGGACGUGAUAUGAAUAUUAAAGACUACGAUAAAGUUGUCUCAUACUUCCUGACUACGAAUCAAGUUGAGAAUGCCCUUUUCGCAUUCGUCGACAUGAUGAGUGACGGGUCAAUCGAUAUGAAACAGCUCAAAAGAAUGCCAUCGGUUGUGGCCAACAAGUUCUUCCUUGGCAAAUGGCUCAAGCGUCUGAUCGGUGCUGGUGACCUUGAUGGCGCCUACGCCGUCGUCGAAUUCAUGAGACAAAAAGGAGUCCAGGCCGCUCCAAUUCAGUUAAACGGCCUUAUCGGAGCCUGGCAACGUUCCGGCGGCGCCGACAACAUGGAAAAGGCAAAUGAUCUGGCUUGGAAGAUGAUUGAGGCCCGAAUAGCCUUUGUGUCGGCUCGAGAAGCUGGCAAAUCCAUCGCUUAUACUGAAAAGAACAAGGUAGCUUCACUGCCACCAGCAACCCUGGAGACCUUCUGUGUGUUGGCAGAGAACUACCGGACGCGAAACCUGCAGGCCCAGAUGGGCCUGCUUUGGGAUGCUUUCCGAGACGCCAAGAUCAGUCCAGAUGCCUUCAUGAUGAAUCAACUGCUGGAAUCCUACCUUCAAUCAGGGCAGGCCGAGGAAGCCGAAAAGCUUUAUCAUACGCUUGUUGUUGAGCAAGGGGUCACCCCUGACCCGUACACCUUCAGCGCUCUCUGGAAGCUCGUAGGCAUCAACCGUUUCUAUCGCACAGAUGAUCAGAUGAUCCGAAAUGACAUUGAAACUGCUCGAAAACUGUUUGCAGAGACAGCAAAGUUCAAGAGCGUUUUCCUGGAAGAUGGCAUGGACAUCCAGCUCUCCCGCAAGAUCCUGCAUACGCUUCGGCGUUUGAAGGACCACGCCGGAUUCAUGGUUGCCCUGACCACACUCAAAGAGCAUUUCAAGUUCCUCCCAACCGAAACCCUCGUGGUGGAGAUGGUGCUAGGCACCAAAAAACUUUCCUGGGAUACCCCAGCGCAGCGCAGGAAGCUGUUACUAGCCAAGCGUGAGAUCGAUCAGGAACUCAUUGCCUGGGCUGACGAAGACAUGUCCAAACUCGAAGGCGAGAAGAGGGGCGUGGCACUGUAUGAAUACCUGCAGAAGAAGCUGUGGCCUGCAAUGAGCAAUGAUGAGGGGACCAGAUCCUUGGUUGACGUGGCCAAGCAAAUGGGCGUGUACGAAUUACUGAUGAGCAAAAAGGGCAGGACAGACUUAUAG